AUCACAUAUUUGAAAAAGUAAACCCUGAAAUGGAAAAGCUAUUUUUGGUAUGCAAGUGUCUUGGAGGGGGAAAAAUUGAUCAUAACAGCAAAGACAAGAAAAUCCGUGUAUUUGGCCUUUCUACAGGAUAUGGCAAAGCUGAUCAUUCUGUGACUGUUGAAAUACUGAAGAGAACUUAUAAAGAUUAUAAAAUUAGCUGGUCAGAUGACAAGAAAUAAAUUGUAUAAUUUAAUAUAAAUAUAUUUUCAAGAUAGUAUAGUUAAUUCUAAACUCCCAUGAGGAAAUACAAUCAGUGCAUUUAGCCUAUACUGAAUAAAAAAUAGGAUAUAAAUGGCUUGGUUCAUGCUUUAAAUAACUUGGAGUUUUAUCACAUCUUCACAUCUUGUUGACAACAUUUGUAUUUUUUAAAUCCAUACUUUACUUCCAGUUUACAUCGCCAUAAAGAUAAUUUUGGACCCUGCAUUAAUGCAAACCCUCUUUAAACAUUUUUAAGAAAUAAAGUUUCAUUCAAGUCAAGCUUUA